AUGCAUGUUAAGGUAAGCGCCAAGCAGGACUCUGUCAUGCGAGCAGAGCAGCAACAAUCGACAAUGAAGCGUUCACCGUCACAAAGUAUUGCUUCGACGUCUACAGAAGAGGACAGCGACAGUUCACAGAAUUUGCGGCUCAACGCCAAAAUCGGCACAUUGGUUUCUGACGGAAAUGCGACCAUCAAAAAGGAGGUCCUCGAUUUGAAGGUGGGUGUCACGUACAGGAAACGGCCAGCGAAAUCAAUCAUUUAUAGAGAUUCAGUCAAAAAGUAG